CCACGAAUACUUUUUUUCUGCAUCACAAGUAGCUUAAAAGUGUCAUUUCAUUUGAUAUCAAACUUGCAAAGUGAUUCUCAAUCAUGGUCCAUUCAUUAACCCCAGCAUCAGCCCCUGCGGUGCCCAUUUUAACAACACCCAGAAACACCCACAUUCCAUCUUUCGGUUUGCAGAGAGUGUGGGCUUGCCAUCAAGGUUCUUAUCAAGCUUUUGAGCAAAAAAUUGUCCAUCGCAGGACUGUUACACUUAGCCUAGCAGGUGCAUUGCUUGGCUUGAACUUUAGUGACAGAAGUGCAGGUGCAGCCAGAAGGCCGCCCCCGCCCCCACCGGAGGAGAAAAAGGACCCUAAUGUGGGUGGAGUUACGGCGAAAGUUCUAGCUAGCAAGAAGAGGAAGGAAGCCAUGAAAGAAUCGAUGGCCAAGCUAAGAGAGAGAGGAAAGCCCAUCAAAGAGCCCUCUGAUUAGUUUUUCAACAGAUGUCUAUGUUCGGAUAGUGUAAUUUCCAUUCAGGUUGUAUUCUUGCAGUUUAAUUGUGUGACAAUUUUAGUGGGACUUGAUUCAUUUUUACUUAACUUAUGCUUGUAGAGUACCAUAAAAACAGGUGCAGUAUUCAAAUUAACCUUCUUAUAUCAAGGGUCUGUGUAGAAAGUAGUGUGAGAAGUCAACUAAAUUGGACGAUUCAAAGCAUCCUCCACAUUUUCUAGAAUUGUUGGAAUUGUUUGUGGUGGAAGAAAUUAGGGGAUGUUUUGAACGAG